GAAAACUUUCGUUAGGACUCAAGAAGCUAUCUUUACUGUGCUGUUUGUGGAAUAGUAAGCAAGUGUGAGUGACAGACAUUUUGAACAAAAACAAUUCGGUCACCAUAAACAAAUGGCUUCUUUCCACUCCCUAAUCCCUUGGAAUUCAUUAUCCAGACCCAUUUCUACACCCACUACUGAUAGACAAAUUACUCUUUCCACUUCCAUCAAUGGGAUUGGAACCCAUUUGUUCAGUCCUGUGCAAUUUCGAGGCCACCAUGUUCAUGGUGGGUGCAGAUUUUCUUGGAAUUCUCAUGGAAAAAGUUUCAAUCUUUAUGCGUCUUCGUCUUCCUCCGGCGACGGGCUGGACGCAGCUGCUGUCAAAGAAUACAAGGAUGAUGAGUUCAUUGUGGUGAAUUUUUACCGUUUCGUGUUUGUCAAAGACCCCGAAUACGAGGUCUCUAAGCACCUCCUUUUUAUGAAGGAUCGUAAUAUACAUGGUCGAAUCUACUUGAACGAACAAGGGAUUAAUGCGCAGUUCAGUGGGCCAUCAAAGGAUGCUCUUGCAUAUGUUGAAUGGGUUAAGAAAGAUGAGAGGUUCUCCGACAUAUUGAUUCAGAUCUCUCCGGCUAUAAACGGCCAUGCUUUCCCAAAACUGAAAUUGCGGUACAAGCCAUCGCUUGUACAGUUGGAAGAGGGCAUCUCACAUCUCCCUUUGCUCGAUCCAUCAAUGCGGGCUACGCCUCUUUCACCUGUUGAAUGGAGGAGCAAGCUGGAAGAAGCAAGUGAGAUUCAAAAUUCAUCGGAUACACCAAACUCCAACUUUGUUCUACUAGAUGUGAGAAAUGGUUAUGAAUGGGAUGUCGGUCACUUCAAGGGGGCUCAUCGUCCUGAUGUUGAUUGCUUUCGGAGCACUUCGUUUGGUUUAUCCGAGGCAGAGGUUAGGCCUUCCGACCCUUUAGCUGAUGCUGAUAAAGAGAAGACAGAUGUAUUGAUGUACUGUACAGGUGGCAUUCGCUGCGACGUAUACUCCACAAUUCUUAGACAACAAGGUUUCAAAAGAUUGUAUACUCUAAAGGGGGGCGUUUCUCAUUAUCUUGAGAACGAAGGUCCUGUCGGAUGGGUCGGGAAUCUAUUUGUUUUUGACGCCCGUCUCUCUCUACCACCUUCCACGUACAAGCCAGACAUCAGUGCCGAGGCAAGUGGAAAGCAACAAGUAUCUCAUUCAUUUGCUAAAUGUUACAUAUGCGCGUCUCAAGUAUCUGAGUUGAGGCACCGCAACUGUGCAAAUCUUGACUGCAACCUGCUCUUCCUAUGCUGUCGGGAGUGUGUGGAUGGUUUGAGAGGAUGCUGCUGCGUGAAGUGCACUUGUGCUCGUCGUCUCAGGCCCGUGCUGACGGGGCACCAAAGAUACCAGAAAUGGCAUACUUAUCGAGACGUCGAGGUGCAGAGCAGGUGAAAUCGAGCACUUGUUCAAUGCUUACGAUGAUUGAUUUUUUUUUUUUCCUUUCUUUUAUUUGUGUUCUUUUUAAGAAGAUCAAUGAGGAUUUCUUCUAUGAUGAUUCAAACUCUCAACUUAGUGAUUGAAGAGAAAGCGUUUCAUCAA